CGGGCUGCUCGGUCUUUUUCUCGGCAGGGCGGCGGCGGGAGCGGCUGUGGUGCUCCUCUCUCUGAGCCAUCCAGUCUCAUCCUUGUCGCUGCGGCGACCCCCGCGCCCGCCGUCACCAUGACUGAGCAGAUGACCCUUCGGGGAACCCUCAAGGGCCACAAUGGCUGGGUAACUCAGAUCGCCACCACCCCGCAGUUCCCGGACAUGAUUUUGUCGGCCUCUCGAGAUAAAACAAUCAUCAUGUGGAAGCUGACCAGGGAUGAGACCAACUAUGGCAUCCCACAGCGUGCUCUCCGGGGUCACUCGCACUUUGUUAGUGAUGUGGUCAUCUCCUCAGAUGGCCAGUUUGCCCUCUCAGGCUCCUGGGAUGGAACUCUGCGCCUUUGGGAUCUCACAACGGGCACCACCACACGCCGGUUUGUGGGUCAUACCAAGGAUGUGCUGAGUGUAGCCUUCUCCUCUGACAACCGGCAAAUUGUCUCUGGCUCCCGAGAUAAAACCAUCAAGCUCUGGAAUACACUGGGAGUGUGCAAAUACACCGUGCAGGACGAGAGCCACUCAGAGUGGGUGUCUUGUGUGCGCUUCUCGCCCAACAGCAGCAAUCCCAUCAUCGUUUCCUGUGGCUGGGACAAGUUGGUCAAGGUGUGGAACCUGGCAAACUGCAAACUAAAGACAAACCACAUUGGCCACACAGGCUAUCUGAACACAGUGACUGUCUCUCCGGAUGGGUCCCUGUGUGCUUCUGGAGGCAAGGAUGGCCAGGCUAUGCUGUGGGACCUCAAUGAAGGAAAGCAUCUUUACACGCUGGAUGGUGGGGACAUCAUCAACGCCCUGUGCUUCAGCCCCAAUCGCUACUGGCUCUGUGCUGCCACUGGCCCCAGCAUCAAGAUUUGGGACUUGGAGGGCAAGAUCAUUGUGGAUGAACUGAAGCAAGAAGUCAUCAGCACCAGCAGCAAGGCGGAGCCACCACAGUGCACCUCUCUGGCCUGGUCUGCUGAUGGCCAGACUCUGUUCGCUGGCUAUACUGACAACCUAGUGCGGGUGUGGCAGGUGACCAUUGGCACACGUUAGGAAUACAUGGCACAAGUCUGUCUAUAAAUAAAAGUUGGUUUUCUC